AUGCCAGCUUAUCAUUCAACAUUUCUUGCAGAAGAUUCACAAGAUAGAGUAAUUGGAAACUUAUCGUUAUUACCAAUUCAUACUAAAUAUAGAGGACCAGCUUAUGAACCAUCAGAAUCCACUGAUGGUAGUAAUUAUGAUAUAAUUGAUGAAAUUUUAGAUUUAUUUAGAGCAAAUUCAUUUUUUAAAAAUUUUGAAAUUAAAGGUAAUGCUGAUAGAUUAUUAAUAUAUGGAAUAUUAUUUAUCAGUGAUUGUUUAAAUAAAUUAAAUAAAUUUACAAAUUAUAAAGAAGCAGUUAGGGUAUUAAAUAAUUUAUCACUUGAUAAUUUUAGUUUACCUGGUGAUAUUGGAUUUCCAUUAAAUUCAUUAUAUUUACCACCAAAGACAAAAAAUGAACAAGAUUUAUUGAGAAGUUAUUUACAACAAUUUAGACAAGAAUUAAGUGAUCGAUUAUUAAAAAGAAUUUAUAAAGAUGAUGAAAAUGUACCUAGUAAAUAUUGGAUGGGAUUUCAAAAGAGAAGAUUCAUGAAUAAAAGUUUGUAA